AUGCUUGCAUCUCACAAAAUUACCAACGUCAAACUCGUCCGGCACAUCCACUUCUUCCAGGACCCCUCACAAGCUGCAGCGCAAUAUGCCGCUCAAGCUAUCAUAGGCAAGCACGCCGAUAUCCUAGGGCUGAUUGAAGGUCUGUGGACUUGUGUGGAAGAAUCUUCCGACCUUAUCCAGACUGCUGUUACCACCUCACGACUCGCUCGAGCGCAAGCCUUCGAUGCACGUUUGAAUAAACAGCCCGCACCGAACCCUCCAGCCAUUCAUACAACCGCUGGACUGUCGACUGCCCGAGUCAACAACACUCCAACUGGCGAAAACAAGGUUUUCAUCAUAGUCGAAUGCCGCAUCAAGAGCAACCAGAAACGAGAGCAAAACUCAACCGACGCUGACUGCGGUCGCUGGGGCAAGCCAUGGUCAAAGGAAGACUACCUCACAGAGGUUCUUGACGACUCACUUGUGACGUUAAACUCACAUUGGUCCAGGCGCUAUGGGAUGGAACUUACACGGGACGAGGUUGAAUUCCGUUGGGCGGGCAAUAAACGUUUCUUGCCUGGUACUGUCAAUGACCAGGUGGGAAAUGUGUAUAAUGCCUAUAUGACUGGCGACAUGGGCCUCUAUUAUGCGUCUAAUGAGGCCAGGUCGAAGAAAUCUACUGCGCCGAAAAACCAAUAUUUUAUGGCGCUCGAGCUUUACAUCGAUAAACCACGGUUUAUCCAGCGGCGCAACAAUGGCGGCAGUUCACCUGACAUAUCAAAGUCUAUUUCUGUGCGAAAGCGCAGUGCCACAGCUACAUUGCUUACUGGUGAAGACAUCCCCCAGCAAAAGCGCCAUGCAGGUGGCUCUCUACUCUCAUGCUGGGUCCCCACACCUCGGUCUACCUCCGCAAAUGUGUCUGCGCCUGUACAGCUCAUCAAAGUGUACGCCACUUGUGAUUCGAAAACUGGGCAAGUCGAAAUUGUUUGGCUUGAGAAUGCAGAACCCGUAGAUGGAUUUCUAGGGAAGGAGGUCCUGGCUUCUGGAAGUACCAAGAACGUUUACCAACUUUCGAUGGGCACAGAGCUUUUCGUCGCUAAGAGGUUCUUCGAAAUUGGUUCCGAUAGUGAGAUUACGCCCGCUGAGAACGAGGAACAUUUGAGAAGCGAGCUUGUACGCUUGAAGACUGUGUUCUGGAUGCUCAACAAAUUCAAGGAACACGCAAAGGCGAAUAGUGUAGAGAUUGCAAAUGUUUCUGAAGGCUUUUUGGUAAAGGAGGUUGGUGAACCGUCUAUUGCCUCAGGUCUUCUGGCCUUCGAGACGGAUUCUGCAACCUGGCUUGUUGAGCCUCGCCGCACAAAAUCGGUCGUGAAAUUUAGUGGAACUCUGAUUCGUCCCAGUCAUACAGACAAGGUCGGAAUAACGCUUGUAGCGUUUGCCCACUUCUCCUAUGAAUUCAGCCAGAAACAACUCGUUUUUGCAGAUAUCCAAGGCAAUGAUUCUGGUAUUGGAGACCAUGGACCGACGGGGAUCGAAUCUUUCUUGGAACAGCAUACGUGUAAUUAUGUGUGCAAGGGGCUCAACCUCACUUCUUUUGGCAAGAGCGUAACAACUAAAAGCCGCUCGGAAGGCGAAGGCGAGGAUGAGGAUGAGUUAGAUCAGUUGGAUAAAGAGUAA